AUGAAGUACUCCCUACUGGUUUGUGCCCUAGCAGCCUGUGCCUUGGCUGUACCAACCGCCCAUGAGUAUCAAUUACAUGAACGUCGCGAAGUGAUCCCAAAGGCUUGGGUUGAAGGGAAGGAGCUCGACCCAAAAGUGUCACUACCUGUGCGCAUCGGGUUGACCCAGUCUAACUUGGACUAUGGUCAUGAUCUCCUUAUGGAUUUAUCCAACCCCUCCUCGAGCCGCUACGGCCAACAUCUCACCGCGGAUCAAGUGCAUGAUCUCUUCGCUCCAAGUGACAAAAGCGUCAGUGAUGUGCGCACAUGGUUGGAGUCCGCUGGCAUCGCGGCGGAACGGAUCACGCAGUCGGUCAACAAGCAGUGGAUCCAGUUCGACGCGGAGGCCAAAGAGUUGGAAGAGUUGCUGCAUACAAAGUACUACCUUUAUUCCCACGCGGAAACGGGCCGAUCGCAUGUCGCGUGUCGCGAGUAUCAUAUCCCGAGCUCUGUGCGUGAGCACGUCGAUUAUAUCACUCCAGGAAUCGCUCUGCGGGAGGUGACUGGCGUCAGGAAAUCAAGCAAUAGCCGGAAACGCUCCGUGGAUGGGAUUCCCCCUAUUCUUGAGCCAAUCACCAUGCCAAUUGAAAAGCUGGUGACUGAGUUGACGUCCUUCUGUUCGCACGUUGUGACGCCCCAAUGCAUCCAAGAGAUGUAUAACAUCAGUGCGGGCCACUCUGCCACAAAGGGGAAUGAGCUAGGUAUCUUUGCAGGCAUCGGGGAUGUCUACGCCCAGGAAGAUUUGGAUUUAUACUUCGCAACCUUGUACCCGAAAAUCCCCAUCGGCACCCACCCAACUCUGAAGUCAGUUGAUGGUGGCACAGCCCCGGCAAGCAUAGUCAAUGCUGGGCCAGAAUCCGAUCUGGACUUCCAGAUUUCAUAUCCGAUCAUCUGGCCACAGGACUCCAUCCUCUUCCAAAGCGACGACAUGGUCUACGAGAAUAACUACUCUUUCCAGGGUUUCCUCAAUACAUUCUUGGAUGCCAUUGACGGAUCAUACUGCAGUGAGGUCUCGCCCCUGGACCCUUCAUAUCCCAACCCGGCAGAGGGGGGCUACAAGGGCGCUCUACAAUGUGGCGUGUACAAACCCCCCAAUGUUAUCUCCAUUUCAUAUGGCGCCGCUGAGGCGGACCUCCCCAUUUCCUACCAGCGGCGCCAGUGUGCUGAGUUCAUGAAGCUGGGUACCCAGGGAGUCUCCGUGGUGGUCGCCUCGGGCGAUUCGGGCGUGGCUGGCCGUGGAGGUGACCCUACCCCGAGCAAUUGCCUUGGAAAGGAUGGCAAGAUCUUCGCUCCCGAUUUCCCUGCCUCCUGUCCUUACCUCACGGCGGUGGGAGGGACGGAGAUUCCUUCAGGUGCCAAGCCAGGAGAUCAUGUCGAACAAGCUGUAACUCGGUUCCCGUCGGGUGGCGGGUUUAGCAACAUCUAUAAGGCACCUGAUUACCAGACCCAGGCUGUGGCCGAUUACUUUUCCAAGGCCGAGCUGUCGUAUCCGUACUACAAGAGCGUGGAUAACAGCAGCUUUGGUGAGAAUAACGGUAUCUACAACAGGAUCGGCCGUGGCUAUCCCGAUGUUUCAGCCAUUGGUGACCGGGUCAUCAUCUACAACAAGGGACUCCCUCAAUCGAUUGGUGGUACGUCGGCCUCCGCGCCGGUGUUUGCUGGGAUCCUUACCCGCAUCAACGAGGAGCGAUUGGCUGCUGGUAAGUCCACAGUCGGAUUUGUCAAUCCGGUCUUAUAUGCGCACCCCGAGGCGUUCUUCGAUGUAACCACGGGCACCAAUGCGGGUUGCGGCACUGAUGGCUUUUCUGCGGCCGAGGGUUGGGAUCCAGUGACCGGGAUGGGAACCCCCAACUAUCCGGAACUUCUCAAGGUUUUCAUGCAGCAGUAA